AUGCCGAUGCUAAAACUGUGUUUUCUUGUAGUGUUCACUGAAGGUACCAAAUGCCGAUUUAUCGUGCAAGCUGGUGUCAGAGUGGAAGAGCCUGUAAAACAAGUCUUGAACAGCCAAGAGGUUGAAGUAUGGUCUCUUAUCACAUGGAAACUCAAAUGGGGUAUGAUCUUCUCUGAUAUCAAAAUGAAAGUCAGCGGUAACUGCGAGGUCUCUGAGAGAUCCAUGAUGGCUAUUAUGGGUCGUAAUGUAUUUAUUGAAGGUCUAACCUUGGACGGUGCUCUUAUUAUUGAUUCAGUUGAUGAUGCAGAGGUAAAAAUGGGAGGUUUGAUCAAGAACAGUGGUUGGGCUAUGGAAACCGUAGAUUACAAAGACACAUCUGUUCCAGAGGAAAUAAGAAUUAUAGGUUUCAGAUUCAACAAAGUGGAGCAGCUGGAAAAGAAGUUUACUCAGCCUAGAAGAUUUUCUAUGGAGGAUUGA